AUGAUCGACAAUGGAGCUGGGCUUUAUAAAUUGCACGGUUCUGCAAGGAGGUCACAUAUCCUGCAAUGGCACACUGUACGAAAUACCAGAAGCCAACCUGACCGCUGAUGACCAGCAAUUCUGGAUUUACGUGCUUAUUUACGCCACACUUAUACUGUUUGCUGGUCUAAUGUCCGGGCUGACUCUCGGACUAUUGUCACUGGACUUAGAAACCCUGAAAGAGCUGAAAUACAACGGCACCCCUUCCGAGAAGAGAAAUGCGAGAAAGGUCCUGCCUCUCGUGAAGCGCCACCACCUUCUGCUGAUCACACUGUUGCUAAGCAACGCCUCUGCUGUGGAGGCCAUGCCCAUCUUCCUAGACCAUAUCUCGACUCCGGUGAUCGCAGUGUUUGUGUCUGUUACAGCAGUCAUAGUAUGCGGAGAAGUUGUCCCUCAAGCCAUUUGUGCAAGAUACGGACUUCCAAUAUGGGCGUUCUUUUCUCCUUUGGUAUAUUUCCUGAUGUGUGCUUUGUUCGUGAUAGCAUGGCCCAUUUCUAAAAUACUGGAUUGUCUGCUCGGAGAAGGGCAUACCGCCUUGUACAGGAGGGCACCGGUACAGGGAGCCUUAGAUCAGGAUAAAAAGGCAGCUCAAGAUUUGUAUACGCCAAGUGAGCACGUGUUGAUGCUGGACAUAGAGGCGAGACUGGACGCAAAAACCAUGAACGAGAUUAUCUACCAGUCCCAAGCAAGCAUUCCUAUCUACGAAGGUUCGAAGGACAACGUUGUCGCUCUACUGGCGGUCAAUUCAUUGCUCGGACUGAACACUGCAAAGCCAACGCCUCUGAGAAUGCUGGUGGAGAAUGGAACAGCCAAGCCGAUCCAAAAGACCGACAAAAAUAAAACAAAGCAUAACCUGUAUAAUGAGUUCAAAGAAGACAGUUGUAUGCUGCGUUAAACAACGAUGAGUGUUCUAAUAGUGACAGUAUUCACAGUUUUAUUUAAGGACUGAUUAUUCAUCUUGGGACUCAAGAGUGCGUUUUUGAAAGCAUGUGGAUUUUAGUAUCUAAUAUGAGGUGACAAUGAUAGGUCUGGUUAUAGUCAUAAGUUUAAUGUGUUGAAAUGAGUUGCUUGCAAUAUUGGAUGCAAUUUCGGGUGUGUUUUUUGUGUACGACUCAAUUAUAUGUAUUUUCAUAUGUAUUCUUAUUGAAAAAUUCAUUGUCGUGAACAAUAGGUAUUUGCGAUAUGAAUAUUGACAUGUUCACUUAAAAAUAGCGUAUGUUGUCAAUACAUUAUUGACAUCAUAUUCUUGAUUUGGAAACUGAAUUUUACGGAUGUCUACUUAAAUAGUAUGUUAUAACAUAUUGGACUGAACAUUUAUUGUAUCAUGCAAAUUAUACGUAAAUAAGGUUUGCAUAAACAUAAACAUAUACGCUGUAUAGUUUGAUUACUGCAAAUGUCACAAUGUUAGCAACCUCGCCUGUUAUGGUAUGUAUACAUGUACUAUUAAUAAAUUGUUGUAUGUUUACUAUAAAAUAAUACGGAUAUAUUGAGUGUUACUUCGCUCACUAAUUGUUCGUUCCUUGUAUAAAAUCUUGCUUGACAUAAACAUCUAUUCCAAACUG